AUGCCUCGCAACGGAGACGGUUCUUCUGACAACGGCCCCUUUGAGGAAGCCGACCACACCAUCGCCCACGGCGUUGGCAAGGCCGACUCUGACCGUGUUGACCGCGCUGACAAGACCGCUGACCUCCCCGAGGGCAAGGACGAGCAGGGCCAGUCUCUCAAGGACGCCAACGCCAGCGGCGGCCAGAGCCAGGGCAUCAAGAAGGGCCCGGAUGUUGGACAGGGCAACUAA